UAAAUCCGCGGUCACACUGGACAGAAUCUACUCCUGUUGUUUUUGUUUAAAUUUUACUUGCAAAGCAAACAAUUAAUUGUAAUUAUACACUGACUAAAAAGGCAGAGAGGCGGACUCACCAUGGAAGCUGUGCCACGCCUGCAUAUGCUAUGGUUUGCCCUAAAAUCCAGCCCGGAGGGCACCUCCUUUGCGCCCCUGAAGAAGUAUAUAGCCGAGUUCUAUCAUGAGGAUCCCGAGGCAUAUUCAAAGGAGGUGCAUGCUCUCGAAAUUCUGCGGAAUCAGGCCAUGCGCACCACCAAGGAUGGAGCACCCGUGAUGAAGCGCUACUACUGCCAGCUUCACGCCCUGCAGAAUCGCUUCCCCCAGCUGGCCGACAAGGGGAUCUUCACCUUCACCUGGAAGGACCUCCACCACAGUACCGUGCACGAGGUCACCGAUAUACGUUUCGAGCGGGCAGCUGUACUCUUCAACAUCGCUGCCUCCCACACCCAAUCGGGGGCCUCGGCGAUGCGCGGCGAUGUCGAUGGCAUGAAAAUGGCGUGCACUGACUUCCAGGCCGCGGCCUGGGCCUAUAAUGAGCUGCGGGAACGCUAUGCGAAUGUGAACAAUGGCGGCGACUUCAUGACCACCGAGCUGCUGGUCUACCAGCAGCAGGUGUGCCUCGCCCAGGCGCAGGAGUGCAUUCUGGAGAAGUCCCUGAUCGACAACCGCAAGCCGCACAUUGUGGCCAAAGUGACGGCCCAGAUUGUUGUCUACUACGGUGCCGCACUGGCAGCUCUACUCACCGGAGGCGACGAUGGUCCUGUGGCCCAGGUCAUCAACGCCUCUGUCUACAAGCUGUGGAAGAAAUACGUGCGCUUCAAGAUAAACUAUCUGAACUGCAUCCUCUACCUGUACCAGGGCCAGAACGCGGAGGAGAAGCGCCAAAUGGGCGAGCGCGUAACGCUCUACCAGGCCAGCUGGGAUAAGCUGGAGGAGGCCCGCAAAGAGUCCAAGGGGCUGCCCGAUCAAAAGGAGAUCAAUGAGUCCCUCAGCUUCACCGCAGACGUGGUGGAGGCGAAGCGCAAGAAUGCCAAAAACGAGAACGAGUUCAUCUACCACGAGGCCGUGCCAGAGCUGUCCACCAUUGCCGCUGUGCAGGGGGCCAACCUGGUGAAUGGCAUUGGCUUCCAGGUGACCGAUGAGGAGUACGCCGGGGCGGACAUCUUUGCCCGCCUGGUGCCCAUGAAGGCGCACGAGGCCAGUUCCAUGUACAGCGAGGAGAAGGCCAAGUUGCUGCGCAAGUACGGGGCCCUGCUGGAGGAGAAGGACGCCCAGCUGGAGAGCUACAUGAGCUCCCUCACCCUCGACAACCUGAACAUCAACGAGGAGCAGGCCAACAAGCUACCCCAGGGGAUCGUGGACCGCUGCGCCGCCUUGCACGCGAACAAGACGGCGAUCAGCGACCUGAUCGAGGCCAUGUCGCAGCUGGCCGAGAUCACCACCGACGUGGAGUCGAAUCUCGGCGAGCUGACGCACAUGCUCGAGGAGGAGGCCAGGGCGGAGAGGGAGUUCCAGGCGGCCAGCGGUGUCCAGCGCACACCCAAUGCCCACAUCACCGAGCUGACGCGGGAGUUUCAGAAGUACAGCGAGGCCCAUGCCCGGGCCGGGGAGUCCAACAACACCCUGCGGAAGGCCAUGAGCCUGCACGUGAACAACCUGAAGAUCCUGGCCCGUCCCCUUCAGGAGAUCCAGCAGCUGAUGCCCAAGCUCAGCUCCGAGCUGAACACCGCGGAGAUCUUCAAGGAUGUGAAGCUGGUCCUCAACAAGGUCAACGAGAUGAAGGCCCAGCGCGCCCAGUUCCAUGCGGACCUCCGCAUAGCAAUAAACGAGGACGACAUCACGGGCAAGGUCAUUGCGCACGGGGGAGGGCGGCAGGAAGGGCUGCAGGCCCUGUUCGUCGCGGAGAUGGCCAAGCACGAAAGGAUCACCCAGCUGCUGGACCAGAACCUGCUGGCCCAGCAGAACAUUCUUCAGGCGCUCACCGAGAACUACGCCAAGGCCGCGCCCGUGCUGAAGACCCUCCAGGACGUCAAGCAGAAGCGGGAGCACUUCUACAGCUCGCUGGCAGCCUCCUACGAUGUGUACGAGGAUCUGCUGGCCAAGUCCGCCAAGGGCCUGGAGUUCUACAAGAAGCUGGCGGGCAAUAUCCAAAAGCUGCUCAGCCGCUUCAAGUCCGCCCGCGACGUGCAGUCGGAGGAGCGGCAGCAGAGAAUGCAGAGCGUCAGGGCCGCCGUCACGCCCAGCAAAUCCGCAGCAGAAGUGCCGCCAGCGGUCAAUGGUGGAGGGGGAGCAGGAGGAGGAGUAGGAGUAGGAGUGGGGACACCAAAGCUACGGGACUACCUCAAGGCGAAGGGAGCCACCGCGGCCAGCAUUGCCUCCGGCAUGGUGCUCACUCCGGAUGCCACAAUUGCUACUCCCGCAGCAGCAGCAGCAGCAGCAGCAGCUUCCUCCUAUGUGCACACAGUGCGUCCAGUGCCUGUGGGCUCGGAGAAUCCCACGCAGGCGGCGUGCUCUGCCUAUGCGACGGCUCCGCCGAACGAGCCCCCGCCGCCGUACAGCCUGCAGCAGCAGCAGUACUACGAUCCCAGUGCGGCGGGCUACACGAAUCCCAUGUACCAGCAGCAGCAGCAGAACAUCGCUCCGCCGGCCUACAAGGCGCAGCCUUCGCCCAACUCGCAGACACUCCACGGGGCCAUGGGGCAGCUCAAUUUGCAGCAGUCGCAGGACGGCAGUCAGGUGGGAUCGGUGUCGGGAUCGGCCUACAACUACAACUACAAUCCGAAUGCUGCAGUGCCCUUGCAGCCUCCGCAGCCCUACGCAGCUCCAGCUGCGUCCAACGCGCAGGGAUUCAACUACCAGCAGCCCCUGUAUGUGGCCACAUCAUCGAGCUCGAAUCCUGGCGAGAUACCAGCUUCGCUGCAGGCCCCGUACGUGGUCAAUCCCGCUCCUUCGGCGGGCUAUCAAACGGGAGGAGGAGGUUACCCACACCCUGCCUCGAUGUAUCCGCCUCAAUCGUCAGAGGCCUAUCACCAGCCCUCGUCGGGAUAUCCUUCUGCUCAGCAGCCUCAGCAGGCCAUGAAUUAUGCUUCACCUCAUCAGUCCACGGGAUAUCCCCCAUCACAGACGCCCCAGCAACAGCUUGCUGGAUAUGCCCAGUCGCAGUCGCAGUCCCAGACGCUCCAGCAUCAACCUACCGCUGGCUAUCCUCAGCAGCAGCAGCCCCCAGGAUAUCACCAAUCCCAGGCACCGCAACCAACCACUGGUUAUCCUCAUGCCCAGACGCCCCAGCAGCAGCAGCCGCAGCCCCCGGGAUAUCCCCAGUCCCAGUCGCAGACACCGCAGCAGCCGAUGGUAUAUUCUCAGCAACCCUCCGGAUAUCUUGCGCAGCAGCAGACAGCCAUGGGCUAUGGGCCUCAACAACCCUCGCUGUAUCCAUCGCAGGCUGUCCAGGCAUCCCCCCGAUCCACGGCGGGACACCAAUCCUCGCCGGGUCCUUCGGUGACAGCAUCCCAGCAGUACCCCCAGCAAUACGGUGAUCUCCAAGCGGCAGUAUAUCCCGCGACUGCUGCUCCGGCUCCAGCUGCUGCCACCGCUUCCAAUCCUCCGGUAGCCUCCAGUCCAGCUCCAGCUCCCACUCCAGCUCCCGCUCCCGCAGCAGCGCCCGCUCCCACGUACAUCAGCUACUCCAACCAUCCUGGCUACAGCUACAAUCCGCAGACAGGCGCCUACGAGUACAGCAGUGGCUACCAGCAGGAGAACAUCUCCAAGCCGCAGGGCUCGCUGAACUAUCAGUUCAGCCAGAGUGGAAAGCAGCAGGCAGCCGUGGUUGGGACUACGGACUCGGAGAGUGCCAAUCGCAGUAAUCCAGCCACAGGAUUCGAUUCGCCCAUUGUUUCGCACACCAAGGCGGGAGCAGGCACAGGCACAGCCACAGGCCCAGACAGAGCCACAGCUGCCAAUGAAGCAGCUCCUCAGCAGCCGGGAGGAGGAGCAGACGCAUCCAAUUACUAUACGCCACCCUACGGCCAUCAUUCCAUGAGCGAGCACAUCGGAGGAGUCCCUGAAUCGCAACCACAGCAGCAGCAGCAGCCCACCCCGAAGCCUACGCCGCGUCCAUCGGGUUCCAUUUACAUGCAGAGCGGAGCCACCAGCAUUGCCAACACUCAGACGACCACCAGUAGUGCGCCCUACGCCUCUUCGGCCGCGGCCAAGGAUGCUGCUGCUGCUGCGGCUGCUGCUGCUGUUGCUGUUGCUCCCAGCAAUGUUGACCUGUUGAGCGACCUGGAUAUAGAUUGCUCUGUUGCUGUGCCGCCUCCGAUGUUGCCGCAGCCCCUGCUGCAGCCUCAGGUGGUGGCUGGUGGAACUCCGCCAGGCAGCCAGGUGUCGGCACCCAUCAAAACGGAGAGCACUGUGGAGCCUGUUGCUCCCCCUGAAACAUCCCCUGAGACAUCACCUCCUACAGUUUCAGUAGCAGCAACAGCCACAGCCCCGGCCCCGGCCCCAGCCCCAGCCCCAGCCCCAGCAGCAGUCUCAUCUCCAGUAGCUCCGCCGGCAAGGACAACCAGCCUGGACAAUCUCUCAAACUGCUCGGAUCUGAGUUCGCUUGAUAACUUUGAUUGGGACUCUGUCUCGCUCACACAUUCCGUCAGCAGCGAGAAGCAACCCAGGCCCAAGCCUGCCGCCAAUGGACAUCCUAAUAACUUUGCAUUCCAAUCCGAAAGGUUCACCGACGAGAAGACCACCAAAUAUUUCCAGAAAGAGGUGGAGAGCUACGAGAAGCUGCUGGAGAAUCUGCACGUUAAGAUGCUCAACGGCAAGACCCAGCUGGGGGCCAAGUGGCACGAGCUGCAGCAGAUGCUGGACAAGGAGAGUGCCAGUGGCAAGCGAUCAACGACCAUUGCCAAGCUGUUCCCAGAAAAGAAUCGCUCCUUGGACUGUCUGCCCUUCGACCAUGCGCGCGUGAAGCUGGACAAGCAGACAGAUGACUACAUCAAUGCGGCCUACAUGAAGAACUUGAGCGCCAGAUGUCCCAACUUCAUCAUUGCUCAGACGCCCCAGGCCAAUACGAUCAACGAUUUCUGGUCCAUGAUCUGGUCGGAGAAGUCGCGCACGGUGGUCUGUCUGCAUACCACAAAUGAGCUCUUCGAUCCGUUUUGGCCGCAGGCUUUGGAUCAGCCCACUCACUACGAUGACUACACGGUGACCUGUGUGAAGCUGCAGCAGCUCAGCCACUGCUCCGAGUAUCAGCUGAGGCUGUCCAUGCAUGGGGCUGAUCCUGUCCUGGAGCUGUCGCUGCUGCAGCUGAAGCAGUGGACCAAGGGGUCCUGCGCUCAACUGUUGGGCAUAGCCGAGAACUCGUUGGACACACAUCGGCAGCGCUGCCAGGCAGCCAGUGCACCCAGUUCGCCCCUGAUCAUGAGCUGUUUGACGGGCUCAGAGCGCUCCGAGAUGGUGGUCAUCGGCGUCUGCGCCCUGAUAGCCACUCAGAGCAAGCAACCCACUCUGAUAAAUGUGGUUGAUGUUUGGUCCCGCAUUUGUGCCCAGCGUCAGAAUUCGCUGCGGGACUCGGCCAUCCUGGAGCAGGCCAUGCAAAUCGUGCUCUGCAAUGCCCACAACGUGCUCAACCAGCGUGGCAUCAUGACCUCAUAUCAAAUGAAAAUGGCACCGCAGGUCAACGCCAAGGAACAGCAGGAGACCAAGGAUCCUCUAAACGAAUUGGAUGCACUCUGGAAACUUAAAUAAAUGACUGAACCAGAACCGAACCAAUUGAGCAGCUGCACGGCGUAAUAUGCCUACAAAUAACCCCCCCUAACCCCAUACUGUAAUCAAAUCGAGUAUUUAUACAACUAUUCAACUAUGCAUGCGCUCUCACCCACAGCUACGAGGAGCAUGGAGCAUACAUAUAGUAAUCCGACAUUGUUGCAAGCAAUGCGAGGAGAGAGCAAAGUAUUUGAGGAAUAUCGAAACCAUUUUGAAAUUUGUAUUGUAUUUUUGUCCCUAUUACUGUUACAUGGAAUGUCUGCUUCGAACCAAAACGAAUGGUGAGGCGAUCGUGAUGUUUAUUGAAUAUUGUCAAGCGUUUCAAACCACUAUCUAUAUAUAUAUACAUAUUAUACUAUCAAUGAUAUUGUCAAUCAAUAAAACGUAUUCGAAAUCAAAUCAAA